AUGGCUGAAGUUCUUGUUUACCUCAAUGAGGUUGUCAAAAGUGUCUCGUCACGGUUAAUGCCCACAGAGAUAGAUGAUGUCGUACGAUUUUUGCUUGGUCAGCAUGAACAAACAGUGCUUCUCGAUUCUUCCACGAAGGCAAUCGGAGACCCUGAGAAGGGUACGAGUGUUUCCACCGGUGCUGGCCUAAAGGCAAAUCCGGAGGUCCAUUCGUUUGCUUCAUCCCAAUCUCUGCAACAGAUAAAGAUACCAGACGGCUUAUCAGCGUGGCAUGACUUUAUUCCACUUGGGAUAGCUACUGACAGUGUUGUCUGGGGUCAUUCAGGUGAUGGUGGCGCGGCGCUGCAUACCUUUUUCAGCAGCCGCGGAUUCGAUAAGGUUUUUUCGGUUAAUUUUACCUCUUCCAACGGUGCCGCGUUGACUGGAUCGUCAGGUAUACUCGAAGAUGGUGGAACCCAAACAGAAGGUGCAAGUGAGUCCUUACGAAGCAUUCAAGCAGCUCGUUUUACGUGUGUGGAUGCCAUCCGCGAAUGGUGCAAAGUGAUUGAGGAUGAAUCCAAUGGAAGAGAGAUAGAGUUGGCAGCUAGUAAAUCCACGACCCAGACCACGUUUUCGAAUUUCAAAGCCAAACGUAUGAGAGAGGAUGCUGAGCAUGGAGAUGAUUUUGGAAGCCGACGCGCAGUGUCGGCAGAGAGAUUCACUGUACGGCGCCUCCUUGUCAUCAUACGGUGCUGCACGGAUAAUCGCGCGACGUUUUCUACCACAAAGAGCGGCAGAAACCAGUAUCGAGCUCGUCGGAAGGCAAACGGGAGCGAAAAUAUCGAGGCUGCACGGCGGCACCGAUACGGUAGCGAUCAGCUUCAACUUUUUCUUCAUGAUUUCGCAGCGUUGGGGACGUUUCAUAACAUACGACUGAGACGACGGCACUGGAGAAUCCAUCUUGCCCUUCUCCUGUUACCAGAGGAUCAGCUAUACGGUGGAACCCUUUUGGAGCAGCGCUUGGAGGAAAAAGUUGGUCAUCAGUACCACGUUAAGCUUUUCACACAGAACGGCGACUACGAUGUUGACGAGAAUGGGGGCCAGAAUGGUUUUGCGUCGUUUCGCAAACUCAGCACACCCUCCUCGACGCUAAUGCGUAUUCACCGUUUAGUGUCUUUGUGGGAACCGUCCUUGCUCCAUCGUCUGCCUUGUGCUGAGAGCACGGAAACGACUUUCACAAUGAACUCCGGUAGCGACGGGACGUCCUUUCGUAUGGAGAGCCUUGAAGGGCCGCUUCUUCAGGAGAAACGUUAUUUUUUUCUUCGCCCACAUAACCUACCGCUAUGCUGCUUCUUAUGCGAAGCCCUUCGACGCUUUCCGAUGCUUGUCUCAAGCCCCGUGCUGCGGCAGUGGCAGAGGGUAUGGGCUGUGCGUCACUCACUUCAGGACGUUGUGCUUAGCUUCCACAGCAUCUUAAUGCCUUUUGCCAUUUCAAGUCACUGGUUUGCUGCAACAUCCGAAGACCUUAUUUCGUACGGCUGUGAAGAUAACGAUGCCGAUCCAGCGUGUCUUUCAGUAUCUACAGCAGAAUCUCAAGAUGAAGUUCCCGAACGGCGUCGAACUGCCUAUGUUGAUAUCUUAAGGGAUACAACAGAUAUCCUGGAUGGACUCCUCAGCGCGUCUGACGCCCUAAGCCACGGCUACCGACUAGAUGCAGCCGUUACCUUCAUGCUGCUCUAUGACGAGCUCAUUGACCCCAGUUUCACUGAGAUGCACGUUCUGCGCUGUCAGCCUGUCAUCGAGGCCCUCGAGGCUAUUUACGAUCGUGAGCAAAGAGCGUGUUCUCAGUUGAUUGGUGCUGCAAGAAAGAUGACCCAGGAUACAAUACCACUUGUCGACACCAAACAAAAAGCUCGUUACGCCCUCAAGCAUUACUUGCCGUUCUCCUGGCCUAGUAAGGGCGUUCCCUCUGUUGCUGUAGAGCAGCUUUCUAAUUUAAGAAUUUCACUAACGGGCACGUUGAUGAACUGCCUGUUGCAUUCGAUAUUAUCUCCCGAGGCAUCAAUGCAGGAGUUUCUACAGGUCGCCACCUAUCAAGAUGCCUCAUUGGCGACCCUCAUUGCCCCAAAGUCAAACUACUGGAGAGAAUGUGCUCAUAGUGUUGUAUGGACACUUUCCGCUAAUAACUUUUACCAAACAAGUAUACCAGACAGUGUACGUGUUUUGUACUUACUUGCCGCCUACUCGCAACACCAUGAGAUGGAGAAGGCCAAACAAGCGCGUAUUGUGGAUGUGCAGCAGGUCGCGCAGCUCUCAGACGAGGCAGUUAUGCUGGCGCUCAAGGAGCUGGAGUUGACUGGGCUAGCACUAAUUAAUACACAGUCUCAAACUGCGUACAGUCUGUUGCAAUAA